AUGGCCAGAUUCGUCACGGUGGAUGGGUCCUCAGUAUUGUAUGAAAAAGGAGUGGCAACUGGUCGUUACGAUGGGAACAAACAACAUGGAUUAAUUCAAAUAUGCAGUACCCUUAAAGUAUCCUUACGUUUAACGUAUAAUCACUUUGUUCUGUGCGCAGGUGCCGGUGAUGGAAAUUAUGGAAAAGGUAAUGAAAUUAACUUUCAAAUUCCAUAGUUUAUGUUGCUUAAAUGAUCAAGGAUGCUAAGGAAAACCUUGUUUUCAGGAAGAUGACAGUGCAAACAGAACCCUACAAUGCACAGUGAAACAAACUGAGUAGUUCAUGUGACAAGUACUCGUAGACUGACUUGGCUUGAAUUUACGUCAUUAUUCUGAAUAGCAGCCAUCUGCCACAAUUCACGAUUUUAACAUAGACCAUAAUGCACUUUCUUUACCCCCCCCCCCCCCCCCAAAAAAAAAAAAAAAAAAUCCAUAACCAGUGUCUUGGAUUUCUCUUAAGACGACUGUAAUACCCAGGAGAAAUUGGAAACCGGUUAUGAAAAUUUUCGGGGGGUGGGGAGAGGGGGUAAACAAGGUGCAUUAUGGUCUAUGUGAAAGUAGUGGAUGGCUUUACUAACCUCGUUCCCAGGUUCGCUGGAUACCUUCUCGAGGAGGAAGACGUGGGCCCUGGAAAUUACAUCUUUGCUUGAAAAGUCGAAAUGGGAUGAGAAUUUGAAAAAUACCAUUUCAUUCCACGUUACAAAAUUUACAACAAAAACGUUUCAAGAUAUUGAAGAUGACCAAUCGACUGGACACGCGUUAUAUCAUCAACAUCUUAUUACCUAUUUAAUAAUCUAUUUUAGAAUGCAAAGAUGAAGUACCUACAGCUUCUUGCUUGGGAAGUGUGACAUCUUGCUGGCAUUCUGCUAUAUACUCAAAGUGCGCAAAGACUUGUGGAUUCUGCGCCUGUGAGUAUUUUAGCUUUCAUAUCUCCGGGAAACUUUUACUCAUCGAACUAAGAAGUAUGAUUUAG